UGAGGCCCUGGGCGGCCCGGGAGCUGAGCAGGGACCCCGCGCCGGCCCCCGCGGGCCCCGGCCUCCGGAGCCGCAGCUGCCGCCCCGCCCCCGAGAGACAUGACUUCCAAGCCGCAUUCCGACUGGAUUCCCUACAGUGUCUUAGAUGAUGAGGGCAGCAACCUGAGGCAGCAGAAGCUUGACCGGCAGCGGGCCCUGCUGGAGCAGAAGCAGAGGAAGAAGCGCCAGGAGCCCCUGAUGGUGCAGGCCAACGCCGACGGGCGGCCCCGGAGCCGGCGGGCCCGGCAGUCGGAGGAGCAGGCCCCCCUGGUGGAGUCCUACCUCAGCAGCAGCGGCAGCGCCAGCUACCAAGUUCAGGAGGCCGACUCGCUUGCCAGUGUGCCACUGGGAGCUGCCUACCCCACAGCACCAGCCUCAGCCUCAGCCAAGAGAACCAAGGCAGCUGCCGCAGCGGGGGGCCAGGGCGCGGCCUCUGGGAAGGAGAAGAAGGGGAGGCACAAAGGCACCGGCGGGCCAGCAGCACUGGCAGAAGACAAGUCCGAAGCCCGAGGCCCCAUGCGGAUCCUGACUGUGGGCCAGUCAGACCACGCCCGGGACGAGGAGGAGACAGCCGCUGGUGGGGGCACACGGCCCAGCGGGCAGGACAUCCGUGCCACGAUGCAGAGGAAGGGCGUCUCCAGCAGCGUGAGCUUCGAAGAGGAAGAGGAGGAUGAGGACGAGGACAGCUCCAGCUCCUCCCAGCUGAACAGCAGCCCCCGCCCCAGCUCUGCGACGAGCAGGAAGUCCCUCAGGGAGGCAGCCUCAGCCCCCAGCCCCCCAGCCCCCGAGCCGUCGGUGGAUGUUGAGGUCCAGGAUCUUGAGGAGUUCGCCCUGAGGCCGGCCCCGCAGGGGAUCACCAUCAAGUGCCGCAUCACACGGGAUAAGAAGGGCAUGGACCGGGGCAUGUACCCCACCUACUUUCUGCACCUGGACCGCGAGGAUGGGAAGAAGGUGUUCCUCCUGGCGGGAAGGAAGAGAAAGAAGAGUAAAACUUCCAAUUACCUCAUCUCUGUGGACCCAACAGACUUGUCUCGAGGAGGGGACAGCUACAUCGGGAAACUGCGGUCCAACCUCAUGGGCACAAAGUUCACCGUUUAUGACAAUGGAGUCAACCCUCAGAAGGCAUCAUCCUCUACUUUGGAAAGUGGAACCUUACGUCAGGAGCUGGCUGCUGUAUGCUACGAAACAAAUGUUUUAGGUUUCAAGGGGCCGCGGAAGAUGAGUGUGGUUGUCCCAGGCAUGACCAUGGUUCACGAGAGAGUCUCUAUCCGGCCCCGCAACGAGCACGAGACGCUGCUAGCACGCUGGCAGAAUAAGAACACGGAGAGUAUCAUUGAGCUGCAGAACAAGACGCCUGUCUGGAAUGACGACACACAGUCCUACGUACUCAACUUCCACGGGCGCGUCACUCAGGCCUCCGUGAAGAACUUCCAGAUCAUCCACGGCAAUGACCAGGCGGCAGGCGGCCAGCCCGCAAGGUCAGAUCUCUUAGAGGAUGGGGCCUGCAGGACGCAGGCUCAGCAUACAGGCGGCGCAUGGGACAGGGCUGUCCUGGAGCUCCGUCAGCUGCCCCGGGAGCUCCCUGCUGAGCAGUCCCUGCACAAACCCCAGGACACCAGCCCCAGACUGCACACAGGUAGGCGUGCCUGGAGCUCCUGCCUGUGCUUCAGCUCCCACUGCAGUCAGCCUAGGCUGUGGUCGCUGAGGGCUUGUAUGUGGUUCUUCUUAGCUGGGAAUGGGACAGGGUAAGGAGAGCAGGAAAUGUUUUAGAACCACAAGAGAUCAGAGGUGGCAGGACCCUGAGAGAUCAUCUAGAAAAUAGCACUUGCCCUGGGUCACCUGGCUGGUUAGGGGCGGAGUUCGGAAUUUCAGCUCCCUUGAUUUCCUUGUUUCCACCAUCCCCCAAGAAACUGCUCUCUCUGACCUUCCUAGGGCAUAGUCCGCAUGCCCGUGCACCUGAUUCCAGAGACUUAGAAAUGUCAAGAGGUGGUGAAAUUGAAACCAUUUCAGUGGGAAAUUGGGCAGUUCCCUGCUGAAAGCUGUCUGGAUUUUUGCAUGUCCGUCUGAUAGGGACUGGCCUAUGCCUGGCUCCUCCCCAAGGGCAGGCCUUAGCAAGGCUGCUGCCCAUUUUGCUAUCUAGGUGUGACAGGUGGGUUGUGAGUGUUCCAGGGCUGCGCCUGAUCUCUCCCUCUACCGCCCUCCUCCUCGGAUGGCACCAUCUACUGUGAAGACUUAGAAAGUCUUGCAUAUUUGUCAUUUACCCUGACAGAGGCUUCUCACCCAGAUGGAGAUCAGAAAUCAGUGGGAAGCAAGCAAGAGUUGUUCCCCACUUCAGAGUAGAUAGAUCUGCUUGGAAAGACUACAUAGAAGUUGGUUUUUUAAAAAGUAAAAAUCAUACUUUUAACAUGUUAGCAAGGCUCUGAGGUAAAGUUGUUUUGACUUCAGUGGGAGUAGUAUGCUCUCAUUUCCUGGUAAUCUGGGUUUUCCUACGUUGAGUGCUUAAAGCAAGGCAUUCUUGUUCUAGCAGGGAUCUGCCCACACCUGGGGCAUAUGUCUCUGUGAGAGGCCCCUCCAAUGAUCCAGGUUUUGUUAACAUGGUCUAGUUUCUAGACAGCUCUUGACUUGAGGCCAUCUUUAGGGCACUAGAACUUUCUAUACUGGAGCUGUUCCACUUGCCAAUGAAAUACUGUCGUGCCGUCCACCUUUCCAUAGUCCCAGUUUGGCUCUUCCUUUCUUGACUUCGAAAAGAGAGACCUGCUGACAUUUAGAAUGAUGGAAAGUAGAUGAUCUCUGAAGUCUAGUCAAGCUGUUUCUCUGGGUCAAUGAUUUUAAGGUAGAACAGGUUGAUUCUGGAUCCUCAUGAGAGAGGGGAUCCUGGUGGCAGAGUGGAAAAUUCAUCAGAAGCACAAUGGAAAACUAGUCCCCUGCUUUCUCCUCUAGUACACAGGGGAGGGGGUUGACAGAUGUUUUGGUAGGGUCAGGAAUGUGGCCUGAGAGUUCCAGCCUGGGUAUGGAAAAGGGUAGUUCAGCAACAAAACCCUCUGUUGGCAUUGAGUGACAAGCAAGAGCACUCGAGUCACCUGCUUAAGACCCCAGCCUCGCAAGGUCUGUUCUUAAGACCCCAUCCUUGGUGAUGCUGGUUUUCCUUGACCACUGGCCUCAUAGCCAUGGGCCCAAAGACUCAUAAAGCUGCCAGUGCCCCUGGAGACCACUUGGGCUCAGCCUCUCCCACAGUAAGCGUUCUUGCCCUUCAUACCCUCUAACCAGAUGGUCCUUGGUUGGGCAGGGAACUUGGUGAUGGAAUGAGCAGUCCCUAAGGGUGUUGGGUAGCUGGGACCUUAGGCAGCUCCUCUGUAACUGCUCCUAGCUCUAACUCCUCCUGGGGCCACACCCCCAAGCUCUAUGCCCUCUGCCCCCAAACAGUUCUACAGAGCAGUGAAGUUCACUUCCCUAACUCUUCCCCAAUUCUGGCUUUUCUUUCCUUCUGGCUCCAAGGUGCUCUGUGUCUGUCUGUGUGUCUGUGUGUCUCUGUGUGUAUUUGGGGCAAAGGGCAAUCUGUGAACAAUCAAUUGAGGUUUCCUAUUACAAUCAUAUUUCUACAGAUGAAUAGGAAAGGAAUAAGGAUGUAGUUAUGAUCACCGGUGGAUUUUGUUCAUUGCAUGCUCUUUGAUCAGAAAGUAUACUUGGGAAAGUACCAACUCUUUCUCCCAAGGUUCUGAUUGGGAAGACACCAUCCCAAAAAGUUUAGUUCUUCAGUUACCACUUUGCAUUACCUGAAGAAAUUGGUGUGUUGCAUGUGUGCUUUUGGAUGAAUUUGAACUUAUUCUAGUUGAAUGUGCCUUAAAAAUCAUGACACUAAUUCAGAACGAGCAUGUAAGGUCCAGACCCCUGCUGAGGACAGGUGUUAAAAGCCAGGGAGUGUGAUAAUCACGGGCUAGAAGACAACAUUUGGGGCCCACCUCCUUCAGUGACAAGGGCAACAAAAUUGUAGAAGCAGACAUCUUUCUUUGCUCUGGAAAUAGUGGGGCAUUUACGAAUUUACCAUAUAUUUAGAGGCAGUUCUGAAUUUAACAUGCCACAGCGAUGACUUCAAACUAAGAUGCUUGUGCCUUCCUUACAGUGAGGGGAGAGGCUGGGCUGGCUGUGUCCACGGCUUUGUUUUGCAAGCACAAAUUCCAUCUCCUAGAUGGAGUCCCUGGCUUUGCCUUCCUGCGGUAACACUGGCCUGUCCCUCUCUACAAUUCUUCACCCCAGCUGAGAUACCCCUGUGACCUCAGGAUGCCAGGUGGCCCUCAGAGCACAUUUUUCCAGAUAGCUGAAUGAGUCUGCUUUCUUCUGGUGCCCAGCACUGAGGGGGGCCUGACUCCACUGCACUCAGGGCCCGGCGUUGGGACCCUACACUGCCCUGGGCCCUGGCUUGUAGAACUGUAGCAGCCCUGGGAACAGGCCAGAGGAUGGGCUCUUGUUUGAGUUUAGUGGUCACCUGUCCUUCCAUACCUCCUGUUUGUAAUUUUCUGUCAUCUCAGGAUAUGGGGGGAAAGGUACAGCAGAAGUAUUUGGGACAGGUUUGGUUUUUGAAUUUUCCAACCAAGUUGAGAGGCAAGUUGGUCUUACAGAAUGCACUACUGCACUUAGUAACCAUGUGAUUUUGAGCAAACCACGUGAUUUUUCUAGGUCUGUUUUCUCACCUACAAAAUAAGGAGGUUGGACUGUCACAGCUUGCAGUAGGAUUCAGGGUGAAUGAAAGUUGAUCCUUGCUUUCAUCACUUUCUAGCUCAUCACCGUGCCUUUUUUCUUUCCUAAGAAAGACGUCACACCCCUUUCCUCUUCUCUUCUGUUGUCCCUCCCUCCUUCCCUAUCAAGGUCCAGGCAGAGCUGGAGAUUAGGCCGAGAUCCAGAAUUUCCUAGAGAGUAACAGAGUGGCUUAGAAAGGGAAGCCCGACUCUGGCCUCUUUAAUCCUGCAUUUGGUGACUAAGGGGACUUAGGAUGGUGACACUUCUCUUGUUGGGAGCAUACAUUUAGCCAGUUUUCAUAAUGCCUAGAAUGUGUAUGUCUAUUUGCACAAGAUUGUCUCUUCCUAUUUUGGAGUGGUCAGACAUUUUAUUUUUGUUCAAAAUCAUCAAGUUUUAGACAAACUUGCAAAACUGUGCUUUUAUUAAGUGACUUUUUGAAUAAACUCUUUGGUAUUCUGGAGCAAAUGUAUUUAUUUAUUGGU